UGUAAUAAUAAUAUUUCAUCAAAAAAUAUUUUGAAUACACAAACAAUGGAAAAUAUCUUGGGUGGGGGCGGGGCAUGUAUAGACAAAAAUGCAACUGAAAAAUGAAUCCUAGAAAAAAGAUAAAAAGCUUAGAAAACAAAUAUUUAAAAAUACCCGAAAAUAAAUAGAAAUAAAAUACAGAAAUAAAAGGAAAAAAUAUUGAAGUCUUAGAUGAAAACUACAUAAAUAGAACCCCCCCAACCCCACAUAAACAUACCAUGAAAAAUAAAAUUUUACUGAGAGCACAAAUAUAGAUAUUAAGAAAAAAUCAUUUAUUACUUCACAGAUAAAAGCACAUGCAAAUGAGGAAGGAAAUGAUAUCAACACAACUUCGGUGUAGGCUCGGCGACGUGCGUGAGUCGUGUCUCCGGGUCAAACCGUAUAAAUUUGUGCGACGGUGCUGCCAGAGAGUUUGCGUGCACGCACGUUUUCUCGUUCGGAUUCCAGUAAGUGGCUCGCACCAUACAUAGAGAUGACCCCGGCCAAGUGGAGUCACGCCGACAAGUAUUUGUUGAUAAUGAGAAAUUCCGUUCUAUUUAAAAGCGCGGCGGGCGGUCGUUUCGGCAGCUGACGAAACGUUCAGGCACUGGCUUUAGCCGCGUGCUUGAGGAUUGAUCUUUCUAUUGAUUGAUCCCACACAUUAAAAUUCACGCCAAUUGGGAAUACAUCACACAGUACAAGUACCUCGGCCCAUAAAGUACGCUUCCGUUUAUAUUGGAGACACUCUGAAUACUUUUCAUGUGUAAUGAACUACAACAAGACCACUAACUGGUUGUUUUGCUUUAAGUUUCUUUGGCUUUAUGAAAGCUCCUUCUCUUGGUUGCCGAACCAAACGCAAAUAGCACCUGUUCAAGUCCACCUGUGUGUGUGUGUGUGUGUGUGUGUGUGUGUGUGAGACAUCAAAAGUGUGAAUAAUGUCAUGGACUGACGGUAUUUGGUGCUCCAGCGCCACUUGUCUAUUUAUGGCGCUGCUGGGCCCACAUUCAGCGCCAUGGCAUCCUCUUCGAGGUCUUUGAUCCCACUUAACACCAGUUAAUUGCUAGUUGUGCGGAUGCGUGCGAUAAAUUGACACGAAAGGCAUGUAUGCGGCCCGGGUUUCUUCAGCGUUGACAUUCUAGGGAGCUUCUGAGAAUGUUGUCAAGACUAACGUACAGUGGGACCUUGACGUACAUUUGCCCCAACUUCAAAGUUGUUUUUCAGUCGCCACCGAGUAUUUGUUUAAUGGGCACAAGCAAAUGCGCAAAUACAACAUGUGAAAUAAAUACAAGGUGCACGGAUUAUAGAACAGACGUGAGUUUAGUUGGUGACUGAAGUGGGGGGGGGGGGGGGGGGUUCUGCAUAAACACCUUAGUUAAUCAGCAACCUUGUUUCCAAUCACUGGGAUUGGAUUGGAUUGGAUUUGAGAAAGCUGAAUUCCAAGCCCGAUAAGCUUCCUUUGGUUGAGGAGAUCGCAUCAGCAAAUUCUUUCCCAUUCUUGCUUCAUGUAAAACUUAAGCUGUGAAACGGUCUGGUCUCACCAUUGUCAUUUUUUUUACUCUUCAUAAUGCACCACACUGGUCUGGACUGCUGGCAGGCCAGUCUCACUCUUUCAUCACAAAGGUGCAUCGUUUUAACAUGUGCAGAAUGCGGUUUGGCUUUGUUUUGGCACUCAUUUCAACAUGUUAGCUCUAAUUUCACAUUCGACAUUGGACUUAGACAUAUUUAAUUGUUUUACUUCCUCAAUUGUGGAUUUAGUGCAAUGCUAAAGGUUAGGGUCACUGCUGGCUAACACUGGAGCUAGCGCGGCAGACGAGGAACUCCUUGACCUAGACACCUUUUACCUACAAGGUCUUUAGACCGAGACUGGUUGCACCAGUGCGACCAGCCUUUUAGAAGGGUGGGGGAGGAAGGUUUUAGUGACUCUCUCUACCUCUAUGCCAAAUGUUUAAUAUUUGCUUUAAUACACUUUCUGUGAACAGAGUCUGACUCUGUUGUACUUAUAUAUUCUUUAUUUAUCUAAGAUACCUUAUUUAUUGUUCCAUAUUUCAAUGCUAAUGUUCAAUAUUCUUGGGGGGGGGGUUCUUUGUUCUUGCAAAGGAUAUACUCUAAAUUGCUCUAUCAAAGUGUUUCCCAACCUUUACUGACUCAAGGCAUGAGAAAAAAAAUUACGGCGCAGAUUUGGCAAAACAGUUCACAGAAAGUGGAUGCACAGGUUAAUUAUGUAACUUCUGUCACCCAAUGGAAGAGCAUUUGAUUGUUCUGGGUCUUGUGACCGGUGGAGAUAAUUGAACAAAAACAUUUUUAAUUGGACAGGUUUUUUUUGUCCUUAUAACUAACACUGGCUAGUUUCCCGCGACGCAUUUGAUAAUCUUUCACGGCACACUUUUGUGCCAUGGCUUACUAGUUGGGCAUAACAGCCGCUUAAAAGAACAACAUUAUUAUUGUUAUUCAUGCUAGUUUUUGGACAAGUGAAUCGUUCUAAAAAAUAAGAUACUGUGACAGGCCUCGCUGAGUGCGCUAGCUAGUGAGACACUGUAACUGCGGAUGAUGACAUAUCAAUAUUACCUUAAAAAAAAGACUGGCAGCAAUUUUGUUUAAAAAAAGGAGAGAACAUAUUAAACUGUGGCGUUGAAUGCGAUGCAGUGGCAAAUUUGGGUAUAACUAACUUUUGUGCAAAUGCACCGAAGAAAAACAAUUGGGCACACCAAUGCAACCGGCGCAAGAAAUUAGCGAAGACGAGAGGCCUGAUCUAUCCAGUGGCAUUUAGUCAGAUCACUUUUCAUGAAUAAGCCUUUGUGCUUAAAAUUUCCUCUUACGUACUUGUAAUUGUGGCACAAAUCUUGUGCCUCAAGAUUAGUGUUUUCUUCCUCCUGAGUGAUUUGGAAUAAACCUCAGCCACACUGCUACUUUCAUUGCACGGAUCGUGAAUUGACUUGGUGCCAUCCUAGCAAUAGCCUUGAGCAAACUCUAAGACGUCGACAGUCAUUACAAGGUCUGAUUGUAUUCAAAUGAUAAAGUCUUUGAAAUUGGGAGUGUGCACUGUUUCAUUUAAUGAAGGGAAGACGCUUGUGUUGAAGCCAUCAUCACUGUAAUCACAUCAAGAGGAUGAUGGGCAAAGUCAUUUGUGCCUUCCAGUUCUACCGCUUCCUGUCUCUUUUUUGACGGUCGACAUGCUGCUGUUGACUUUGUCGUGGUUUUUUUUUUCUUUUUUCCCCUCCAUAGGUUUCGAGCUCACUUGGCAACCACCCACUUUCCCCUCCGGUCCCUCCGUUGGCUGCUCUGGUCCCACAGGGCGGAGAUAAGUAUGGGGUAAGCGAGCCGAGCAACGACGUUGCGACAAGACGAGGGCCCCGCUCAGCAGCACAGGUGCACGACGGCAUCAUGGCACUGCUGCGGUUGAGGCUGAAGGUUCUGUUGACUGUGACGAUGGUCAACGUCUUCAUCUUCAUCCUGAUCUCCCGACACAACGGGCGGGGCAAGGACUUCCAGGAGAAAGUGCAGGUCCCCUCCAAACCCUUCUGGAAUAAGAUGACGCCCAGCUCGGGCUACUGGAACCGUCAGCAACAGGUUCUGGACUUCUGGAACAACCCCAUCCUCGGCAAUCACAGCGGCGCCGACUUCCCCGGUUGGCUCAAUGAAACCCGUUUGUCUUUUGAACCCUGCCAGCCGGACACCGGGGUGACCACUCAGGUGAAAGAUUACAACUCUCUACCGUUGCGAUUCAAGGACUUUCUGCUCUACAUGCACUGCCGCUAUUACCCGGUUCUGGUAGACCAAGCGGACAUCUGCAAGGAGCCGCCCUUCCUGCUGCUAGCUGUCAAGUCCCUGGCGCCGCAUUUUGACAGGCGUCAGGCCAUACGCCAGUCGUGGGGGAAGGCGGGGGUGGUCGCCAACCGCACCGUGGUGACGGUCUUCCUCCUGGGCCAGACCACAUCGGGGGACCACUACCCGGACCUGUCGCCGAUGCUAAGCUACGAGAGCGAACGACAUCGGGACAUCAUCCAGUGGUACUACCGGGACUCCUUCUUUAACUUGACUAUCAAGGAGGUUCUCUUUCUAGACUGGAUACAGACACGUUGCGCCGGUGCCAAAUUCGUUUUCAAGGGAGACGAUGACGUCUUUGUCAACACCUAUGCGAUCCUGAGCUUCCUGGAUGGGCUGUCGCCGUCCAAAGCUGCGGACCUCUUCGUGGGUGACGUCAUCACCAAUGCCGGGCCGCACCGGGACAAGAAGGUGAAGUACUUCAUCCCGGAGAGCAUGUACAUCGGCUCGUACCCACCUUACGCCGGCGGCGGCGGCUACCUGUACUCGGCCGGCGUCGCCACCCGCCUGCACGCUACCUCCCGCCGGGUGGCGCUCUACCCCAUCGACGACGUCUACACGGGCAUGUGCCUGAUGAAGGCGGGGCUGGUCCCCGAGAAGCACAAGGGCUUUCGAACCUUCAACAUCGAGGAGAAGUACCGGUCCAACCCAUGCGCCUACAAGGGCCUGAUGCUGGUCCACCCGCGCACGCCGCAGGAGAUGAUCCAGAUCUGGUCCUGGCUCAAUCAGCCAGAUCUCAACUGCCAGUAGGAAGUGACCAACCCCACCCCUCGACGUCACACCCACCCGAAGGUUAACUUUAGACCAUUAUUUUGAGUAGAAGAGGGGAUGACGUUUAAAAGUUGGCAGCUUGUCAUCAUGCUCACUUGGAACUUCAGCCCGGAAACGUUUCCUCCUUUGGGAACGGUAGUGGGUUUUUUUUGGUGGGGGGGGGUUGUGUCGUGAUUUUACAGUCAGAGUACUCCCACAAAUGGUAGAUUGAUUUUUAAUGCACAGUUGUAGGGUUAUCCAUAACCUCAUGUCCUAAGUACAAUUCAAAGCUAAAUAACAUGGUUGCGGGUUAGUGCUUUCCAAACAAAAAGUACUUUUUAGUUUCUCGCAUCAGGCCUAUCUAAAUCUUACCACGUGACUUUUAUCAAUAAACUGUGUUGUCCUCAAUCAUUUUUACACUUGAGGGCCCUCUGUAUCGACAAGAGGCACUGUGUUUUUUUUUUAAUUGAUCUUCUCGCUUUGCUGUACAAAGAGCUUCAGCCAAAAGUGUGCCUUUCUUUGGCGCACGUAAUUAUAUGGCUAUAACUAUUUAUAACGCCUUAACACUGUGUCCGCUCUCCACCAGGGGCUCCAGAAUGCUGUAUUAUAGAGGAAUGUAUACGUGAGAAAUUAAACAUCAGAACAUGGUCAAUGUGGACUGUUAACACAAUGCUGUCAGUGUCGCCUUGCGAGAAGAGUUUCUGCGAAAAUAUGCGUAUCAGAAAUAGAUUUAAUCACUUAUCGACCGGUGCCUUUCGUAUGGAGUCCAGCCACUCAACAAAGCAGUGUAUAUAAUUUCAUACCACAAAAGGAUGAUUACAUUAGUUUUCGAGCAGUGUCUGGUGUUACCGCUAUUCCCUUUCUAGUAGCUGCCGUCCUGCCUAUGGUGCUACCUCAGGAGCUGGAAAAUCCUCAGGUCAUUCCUUAUCCUUUGACGUUGAAGUUCAGUUUCAACAAAAUUGGCACUUCAGAGACGAGACUAAUUUAGCAACCUUUCACACCGAAACGCAGCAUCCUGCAAAUUUAAUGGCAUCCGUGUCUGGUCACACCCGAAUCCCGGCUUUUCAGCUGUCCAUUUUCUUACAUUUGCCGUCCUCUCCUUGAUCCUACCUCGAAAGCUGGAAAAUCUGAAGUAUUCUCAUUCCAUAUCCUUUUGCACAGAUCUUGGAAGGGAUCAAAAAGCAUUAGCAUAAUAACAGUUUCCGAAAAUCAUAAUUUAAUGUUUGAUGAGAGGGAAACGAUCUCAACCUGUCAAGUGUAAGAAUGUUUAACCAAAAAAAAAAAAAAAAAGUCCAAUUGUAGUUGAUAGUUUUCUGAAAAAGUUGAAAUAUGACAUGGGCAACUCUGAAAUAUGUGGCGCAACUUUGGUACACUCGUAGAACAAACAACAUGUUACCUGUGAAACAAAAAUGCACUAGUUGACAAUUUGUGUUGAGGGUGAAGCACUAAAUGUUGCCUAGUUGAUCAUGUCAAGCACACAAUUAAUCUUCAUUGCCCCAAAUGACCUUCAGACUCGCCUAAACACUGUGUACAAAUCAGAUACUAACCCUCCCAAACGUCGCUAAUGCUAAUCCUUUCCAUUUUCGAUCCCUGUAGUCACGUGAAUCAAUUUAUGUGCUUGUCUUGGUUUUCAAUACUCAAUCACACUACCGGUACUUACCAGUAGAACCCCUCCCCCCUUUAAAUCCCACACUAUACGUUAGUAUGUAGUUAAUUCGGAAUUAGAAGGACCUGUUGGAUAUACAUGUUAGAUUCGGGGCAGAUGUCAGAUUUCGGAGUGGAAGUGACUUGUCACAGAUGCUAGCUGUUAAAUAUACAGUUUAUGUACAGCACCUAAUACUGCGUAAUAGUCCGAAAUUGUCACGCUUCUGAGAUGGAAAUUACCGUUAUUGCUAGUGCUAAUUAUUUUGAUUUCCUAUGUAUGCACGACCAUAAAUAAUGAUUUAAACACCCACACCUCUUGUUUUAUGUGCUCACACUACUUGGAAAGAUAAACCCAUAAAAAUUCCUUGCGCGUAGUUAUUUCAGAAUAAAAAAAAAGAUUGAUCCAUAAUGGAAUUUUGGCAAAUUUUACUUUAAAAAUUGCCUUAAUGCUUAGUUGCUGGAUACACUCGGUGUCAUGUAUGCGCUUUAUGUAUGUAGCGGUAGCACUGUGUUAAAGUCCAAGAUAUUAACAUUGACAAGAUGUAAAUCAAGUCCCGCCAUCGUUAAUGCUAAUCCUUCCGGUUUCCAAUAUAUGUGCUUUUAUAUAUCCAUAUGAGUUUAUACACGCACAUUGGUUGUUGGUGUUCACACUACUUAAAAAUAAAAACGAUGAGAUACACUAGCGUGUUAUUUCAGAAUCUGAAGAAACAGACUUUUUCGGAAUUUGGCUCAAGUUACAACUUUGAAUUUUUAAAAAAUGGCUUGUUGCUCGGUGCACCAAAUGUUGCAUGAAAGUCUGAAGGUAAUCAUCCUUGGGUGGAAACCAAAUCACAACAUUGCUAAUGCCUUCCCAUUUCUAAUAUAUGCGCAAGUGUAAUUCAUGAAUUCACACGCACAUAUCUCGGUGCUUCUUUUUAAACGCACUACUUUAUGUUUUUAUUUUUAAGCGCUAGAAUAUACUGUACGUUGGGGUGUUAUUUUGGAAUCGGAAGGAUGGAUUUGACAUACGGAAAGGUUGAGAUUUGUACUGAUUUCCGAUAAAACUGCGUGGUGAUUUAUCGCUGACUUGUUAGAGACGCUAGGUGUCAAUUAGCUUGACUUGUCCUCAGUAUUACCAAUAUGAAAAAUCAAAACAUUUUAAAAAGCUGUUGAUUGGCUGUGUCGAAGUGGGUCACGAUUAGGGCACCACCUGCUGGUCAGGUUGGUCAAUCUGAGCUGCUGUAAAGAUGAGUGGUUAGCCUGUUUUUUGUUUUCAUUAAGUAUCACCGUAUUUAUUUUCUUUCCAACAUAGGACAAUCACGAGUUGUUGGAUUUCUAUUCAAAAUAACGGUGAAUUAAGAACACCGUUUUGAUUCUUUUUGUGCGUUGAGAGGAUAUUGUUUCCUGUCACGAUUACUUGAAAUGUUUACGUUCAGUGAUCGCUGCUUCUGUCAAAAGUUUAAAAAAAAAACCAAGGCGCUUGCUGUUUCUUAGCUAGUUUUUUUUCUUGUUUUGUGACGUAAAGACACUGGUAUUCGCAAUUUGUUGUGUGAGGUUGAAGAUUAAGAAAUUGAUAUUCAGUGUAAUGCUGGAUGUUCAAAGAGUACGCUAUUUGCAUGAAUUAAGUUUCAUAUUUAGGGUGAAAUUCCACCUGCCUUUUUGCUAGUGUACAGAAGGAACUAUUUUAAAAGGAAAGCUGCACUCAGGUUAAAGACCAAUGAAUUUGUUCAUCAAAAGAUGACAGGUGUGCUUAUAUGAACUAGAAAUGGGAUACGAUAUGAUAUUGUGAUACCGACCGACGAUUGUGAUAUUGGUGUUUUUUAGGAGGAAUCAAAAGGCAAAUGAGACAGUAACGAUACGACUAUUUGCUUUAUCAAUACUGUAGCGAUAUCAAUACGAUAUGGACCGAUAUCAGUAUUUUGUCCUGCCUCUAGUUCCAAAGUUAUCGCAGACCAAAUCUGUGCCUGAUGUUUGUGGUUUGGAUGUGUCAAAGAUGAAAUGUGUGACUGCUUUUUAUCAUUUAGAUUCUUCCAGUAAUUGUGUCAUUUGUUUUUAAAUACAGUAUCCUGUGUUUUUAUUGCGCCACCAAUAAACUGAAGACAUCGGAA